AAGUCACUUUGACCAUAACCCAGCGUAGCAAUGUCACAUUGGUAACUCUGAAAUGCUGCCUGGCGGGAGAGCGAAACAUGAACCUCUGGCAGGUUCUGCUGUUGCUGUUGGACAUGCUGGGCCCUGCAGCCGCGCUGGAACGCUGGAGUUCUUGUCUGUUAGCGCCCUCGGGCAUCCAGUUCUUUCGAAACAAUUCCAGCCUAGCGAAGACGAUUCAUGUGGACAUCAGUCGCACAUACAUCUACAAUGGAAUGGACUUCAGUCGCACCAUGUCCCGCAUCGAGCGGCAGAUGCGCUGCGACUCAGUAGUGACGAGCACCAGUGGGAUGCCGGGUUGGCUCCUCCAACGCCUCAGCGGUGCCAUGGACUUCUGGUCUCAACGUCUCCGUGGGGAGACCGCAGGGGUGAACUUGGAGAUGUUGCAGCAUGCCUCGCGGGGCUGGACCUUGCCCUUCCAGGUCUUCCAGGUGCAAGAGCCUCUGGUGCCGCGACACUGGAGCCUGAACACCUCGAGCAGUGGAAAACCUUCCCUGACCCGUGAGAUGCAAAUGGUCACCUACUUCAAUGCAUUUCUUCCAUCACACGGCACGAAGAACUGUGGCGAGCGGGUGAGACACGCAGCAGGGAGUAGAGCUAGAUUUGUCCUUGGUCCAGCCUUCCAUGCUCUGUUGGUGGAAACCGUGCGCAUGGUUUGUUUGAUCGAAGAGCGAGGGUAUCACCUCUUGGCAAAGAACAAGAAGUCGUUGUUGAUCGUGGCCGACAACAGCCUGCAGUGGCUCCAGUAUUUGCUGCGCAUGCGCUGGCAAUGCCCGGAGCUGUCCUUCCUUGGUCUUGAUUCAGUGAAGCUGACUUGGAGAAAGCAGCGUGCUCAGCUGGAUCUGGAUGUUCAGGCCUUCCGUUCAGCUCUGCGCCAGCGAGGCCUGCGCUGGCACCAACGCUUCCACAGCAUAUUCUUGCUUCCCUUGGGCGUGAUGCAGCAGAGCAGUUCACCGCACCCUUCCUUGGCUCUCUUGCCGGUGAUGCAAGAAUGGCUCCUGAACGAUUUUCCUCAAAAUCGUUCUGGCCACAAAAGCUUGAUUGGCGAGCUGGUCUUUGCUUUCUUGGCCCACAAGAGUCGUGAGGAUCGUCUGUUGGUGGAAGCGACGGGCUCUGGCCCAAGUCGCUUCCGACAUAUCACGGGGGUCAUGGAUCGAAGCAUGGUGAAGAGUCGCUGGGACACCAGG